UUAACCACCUCCCGUCCAGGCCAAUGUAUAUAAACGGCCAGACGGGGGCAGUGCAGGAGCGUGUUGCCGUACAUAAACGGUGCCCGCCAUUUUGGACUGUGAGCGCUCCCUGUGGCCACGCUGUGGCGGGAUCUGUCACCGGCUGUGUACCUCAGACAAGGCCGAUGACAGAUCUGCGUACCGGCCCCGUUGCCUGUACCAUGUGACCAAUCACAGCAGGUCACAUGAGAGUUGUAUACAAUGGAUGGCUUCCUUUCAUGCCGUCCAUUAUAUACAAGUGUGUGUAGCUGUGAAUGGUCACAGUGAUCACAUGCACAGGUUAGGCCAAUCACAGCCCAUCUGUCGUGAUUAGCCGUGGCCAAUCACAGCUAAUCACA